AUGGGCAACACCUUUGGCAAUGCCUACGUAACCAUUGCCGCAACUUCUGCAAGAGACGCUACUCAGGGUUUCCUGGAACGACAAAGCUUGCAAGAUCCAGAAUCGCAAUACGUCAAGGUAGACAGCAGCUCACAUGGAGCCUUGUUCAUCAGCACCAUCAUCGACGAUUAUCCUAGCGAUGUCGAAAACGGUGUCUUGAAUCAGCGGGCCUGGGUCUUACAGGAGCGAGCACUGUCGCGGCGGACUAUCCAUUUCACGGCCAAUCAGACAUACUGGGAAUGCGGUGGAGGGGUGCGCUGCGAAACGCUGACUCGAAUGCGCAACUCGAAAGCGCUUUUUCUGUCUGAUCCAAAGUUCCCAGCAUCUCUCAUGCAUCGUCGAAUAGACGACAAGAUCCGAUUAUUUCAGGGCCUCUUCGAAAAGUACUCGCAACUUGGUAUCACUGAUCCCACCGAUAGGCCGAUAGCGAUUUCUGGGUUGGUAGAUCGGCUGGCUGAGACAUUCAAGAUGAGGGCCUCACAUGGUGUUUUCGAGGGCUAUUUGCACAGAAGUCUCCUUUGGCACAGAGCCGAUACAGCCAGGAUGCAGCGGAUUCAGUUUGCAGAAGACCGACAGAUACCUUCGUGGUCAUGGAUGGCAUCCAGUGGACGGAUUGAAUAUCGCAAAGUCGAGUGCUGCGAUGUUGAGUGGAACUCUGAGAUUCGCUUCACGGACGAGGGACUGCAGGCUCCUACGAGGCGUUUACAGCAGUGUAAGAUCGAACCGAGAGAUGAUGGAGCUUGCGAUAUACGAAGUGCAGCAAAUGGUGCCGAUAUGGGCUGGUAG